AUGGCAUUAGAGAUCAAGAAGUUGAGAGUCUAUGGAGAUUCGUCGAUCAUGAUUUAUCAAACUCAAGGGAAGUGGAAGAUAAAGGCAGAAAAGCUGAAGCCUUACCAAGAACAUUUGGAGAACUUGAUCAAGAGCUUCGAUGAAGUCACAUUCGAAUAUUUGCCAAGGGACAAUAACAGAUUCACCGAUGCCCUAGCUACUUUGGCUUUAAUGAUUGAAUGCACUCCAGAUACUCAAGUUCACCCAUUUUUGGUAGAUAGAAGGUAUGUACCAGCAUAUGAAGAGUCAGUAAAUGCUCUGACAACUGAUGGGAGGUCGUGGUCUGCACCCAUCACUGACUUCAUCAAAGAAAGGAAAUAUCCUUUGAAUUCCAUAGCCAGUGAACAUAAGAGGUUGCGGAAGCACGCCAAGCAGUUUGUGCUUCAAGGCGGCCUAUUAUACAAGAGGUCCUACGAUGGUAUAUAA